AUGCCAUCUAAUUACUUUUCGCGGCUUGGAACUUCAAUUCAGAGAUCAAUUGUGGGGAAAGAAGGGGGAAUCCUAGAGUCUGCUGAAAUUCUGAUUGGUCAAGGGAAGUUGUGGUUUGGUAGUUCUAAGUUUUUCCAUUCUGUGCAUAGCUCAUAUUGUGUGGAACUUCGCCUGCUCGUGCGCCCUGGGUUUGCCUUAGCUUCGAGCCCUGAAUUAGCUGGAAAAAGGAGAACAUUGUCGGUGGUUGACACGCUGUCUCGGACAUUUUCGGUUCCGUCUGUGUCGGGGCCAUCGUUUCAGGUCUGUGGAUACCACAUUGGUUCUGCCCUUGCUGGACCUGAUCAGCUUUCUAGUGGAGGAGCCGGAUUUCGAAUUAAGACAAUGGCUGCUCACUUGCCCAGGGUAGUGUUUGGUGAAUCUUAUUUCGAUAACCCGAGUUUGAAGGGUGUUCACCGUUCCCUGUCAACCAAGAAUAUCGGUAGUAUAUGUUUAAACACGAGUCUGAGGAAUGGUGGAAAAGUGAGCAUGAGUUUGAAAAACCAUCAACCGCCAGAUAACUGUGCGAUUUAUGGAUAUUUCAUUUAUAAUGCUGCCAAGACCUGGUGUAACUCCCAUCCUUACUUAGAGUCUGGGUCUGGAGAUUUCCAUAGCUUGUCAACAUCGUGUUACUCUGUUGGGCCUGCUCAUGAUGUACCUUUUGAAACUUCUGUCCGUGAGGAACAGCUAAGCAGUUCUGUAGAUUCAUCUGAGCAGAAAACUCCUUCAGGAAAGAGCCUUAAGUUAAUAUCAGGAUCAUGCUACUUGCCUCAUCCUGAUAAAGAAGAAACUGGUGGAGAAGAUGCUCAUUUUAUAUGUUCUGAGGAACAAGCAAUAGGGGUGGCAGAUGGGGUUGGGGGCUGGGCAGAUCUUGGUGUUAAUGCUGGAUAUUACUCUCGUGAGCUCAUGUCCAAAUCAGUGGAAGCUAUUCAGGAGGAGCCCAAAGGUUCAAUUGAUCCAGCUAGGGUGUUGGAAAAAGCGCACUCAAGUACAAAAGCUAAGGGUUCUUCUACAGCAUGCAUCAUUGCACUUACUGAUCAGGGCCUUAACGCUAUCAAUUUGGGAGACAGUGGGUUCAUGGUGGUUCGGGAUGGGUGCACCAUAUUCCGAUCCCCCGUACAGCAACAUGAUUUCAAUUUCACCUAUCAGCUGGAAUGUGGUAAUAAUGGUGAUUUACCUAGUUCUGGUCAGGUUUUUACCAUUCCCGUAGCACCCGGUGAUGUCAUAGUUGCUGGUACAGAUGGUCUGUUUGAUAACUUGUACAAUAAUGAGAUUACGGCAGUGGUGGUUCAUGCCAUGAGAGCCGGUUUAAGCCCUCAGGUGACAGCCCAGAAGAUAGCUGCAUUGGCACGUCAGCGGGCACUCGAUAAAGACAGGCAGACUCCUUUCUCAACUGCUGCUCAAGAUGCUGGUUUCCGUUACUACGGUGGCAAGCUUGAUGAUACUACAGUUGUGGUUUCAUACAUUACCGGCUCAGGAGAUGCAUAA